UCUAAAGUGCCCAGUCAGCCCUUGCAAUUCAGAUUCUACCCAAAUGCCGAGGACCGGAUCAUGGCGCCCCGAACCCUCCUCCUGCUGCUCUCGGCGGCCGUGGCCCUGACCGAGACCUGGGCGGGCUCCCACUCCUUGAGAUAUUUCCAGACCGCUGUGUCCCGGCCCGGCCGCCGGGAGCCCCACUUCUUCGCCGUGGGCUACGUGGACGACAUGCAGUUCGAGCGGUUUGACAACGACGCGGCAACUCCGAGAACCGAGCCGCGGACGCCUUGGAUGGAGCAGGAGGGGCCGGAGUAUUGGGACCUGCAGACUCGGACCCUCAAGGCCCGCGCGCAGACAAACCAAGUGUGCCUGCGGAACCUGCGCGGCUACUACAACCAGAGCGAGGCGGGGUCUCACACCUACCAGAGGAUGUAUGGCUGCGACCUGGGGCCUGAUGGGCGCCUCCUCCGCGGGUAUGACAAGCGCGCCUACGACGGCAAGGAUUACCUCGCCCUGAACGAGGACCUGCGCUCCUGGACCGCGGCGGACAGGGCGGCUCAGGUCACCCAGCGCAAGUUCGAGGCGGCCCAUGAGGCGGAGAAGAUGAAAGCUUACCUGGAGGGCACGUGCGUGGAGUCGCUCCGCAGAUACCUGGAGAACGGGAAGGAAAGGCUGCAGCGUGCAGACCCCCCAAAGACACACGUGACCCACCACCCCAUCUCUGACCAAGAGGCCACCCUGAGGUGCUGGGCCCUGGGCUUCUACCCUGCGGAGAUCACACUGACCUGGCAGCGGGAUGGGGAGGACCAAACUCAAGACACUGAGUUUGUGGAGACUAGGCCUUCAGGGGAUGGAACCUUCCAGAAGUGGGCAGCUGUGGUGGUGCCUUCUGGAGAAGAGCAGAGAUACACGUGCCACGUGCAGCACGAGGGGCUGCCGGAGCCCCACACCCUGAGAUGGGAGCCGUGUUCCCAGCCCACCAUCCGCAUCAUGGGCAUCAUUGCUGGCCUGGCUGUCCUAGGAGCUGUGGUCACUGGAGCUGUGGUUGCUGCUGUGAUGUGGAGGAGGUUGAGUUCAGGCAGUGACAGUGCCUAGGGCUCUGAUGUGUCUCUCACGGCUUGUAAAGCCUGGCACAGCUGCCUUGUGUGGGACUGAGAUACAGGAUUUCUUCACGCCUCCUUUUUGUGACUUGAAGAGCCUCUGGCAUCUCUUCUGCAAAGGCAUCUGAAUGUGUCUGCAUCCCUGUUAGCAUAAUGUGAGGAGGUGGAGAGGCAGCCCACCCUAUGUCCACCAUGACCCCUGUCCCCAUACUCAUCUAUGUUCCCUCCCCAGUCAUCCUUCGUUUUCCAGAUAGAUGGGGCUUGGUGUCUUCCUCUCUGUCUCAACUUCAUGGUACACUGAGCUGCAAACACUUACUUCCCUACUGAAAAUAAGUAUCUGAAUAUAAAUGUGUUUUCUCAAAUAUUUUAAGGUUGAUGGGUUAAUUAAAUAACUCAAUUCCUAAAAUUCGAGAAAGGAAAUAAAGACCUGAGAACCUUCCAGAAUU